AUGGUAGGUUCAUCAAGAUCUUUAAUACAUGCACUUGAUGCAGUAUUUGAUUAUUGGGAAACCACAAAUGAUUCGUCUAAUCUACAAACAUCAGAAUUGUUCAAAACCAUUCGAGCUUUCCACGAAAGACACAAUACUUUACAAACUAUAGUCCAAUCAACCAAUAUUCAUAAUGAGUUGUAUAACUUUUAUAAUAAUCACAUAAAGCCGAAUUCUGAUUUGCCUCGGGAGAUUUUAUUCUUAGAGAUAUUGACAGAACUACUGCCCGUGUUGAAUGAAGAGGAAGUCCAGUUGUGGUUGAAAACUUAUUUGAGACCAGCAGUUGAUAGUGCAAAUUUUGAUAAUACCUUUGUUCUUUGGAGUAGAAAGCUCAUUGAUAAAGUCACAUGUAAAAUACCGUCCACAGAGGACGAAGAAUUAACUACCAGAAGACUCAACAUUGCUAGAAAGGUGAUGUCUUACAUUCUAGAAGUUUAUGUUGGAGAAGAGGAAGUACUUCACGAAUUGAUCGGUGACAUAAAAGAAGAAGACAAAGCCAGUCAAGAAUAUAUGGAAAGAAAGAGAUUCAUACAAAGUAACAGUUUGAAUCUUUUAAAGAACUUUGCAAUGGAACAUGCUAAAUUGUUUGGUGAAGUGGUGAAUGAGAAAUUCCUUAAGGUUAAAUAUAGAGGUGAAUGCUUAGCGUUGAUCAGUCAUGUAAUUAAUACUAAGUCAUCAAGAGUUGCACCAAUAGCUGACUCGGAGUUAUUCACCAACAUGUAUAAGUGUUUGGUAUUCGAUUUCAACGAGAAGAUCCUUCAAUCAUGUAUUUCAAUCAUGGUGAUGUUGAUACCUUUGGUUAGUUCUAAGGUAUCACAAUUCAUAUCUGAAUUUUUUGUUAUAUACACCAGAAUAUGUGUCUGGGACGAAUUCUUGCAAUUCAUUCCAGAUAGGAUUAAAGUCCUACAAGAUCAAUUGGGAAGGGAUGGAGAUGCUUGGGAAAUAGCCAAACCUACUGAAGGUUAUGACGUCUAUGGACCAAAUUAUAAAAGUGAGUUAAAUGCUGGUCAUUUAGUCACAAUGAUUUACGGGCUCUUCCCCCAUUCUUUGGUAACUUUCGCCGAAGACCCUUCAAAAUUCUUGGAGAAAUAUCGACCAUCAAUUGUUGAUGUUAAGGACUUAUCAUUGAUCAAUUUUUCGAAAGGGUCUAUUGGACCCCGAGAUAGAUCAGCUCUUCAUUAUGUGGAGCAGACGACUAAAGAUUAUCUUAAAUCUUUCAGAUUACAUCCUAACUUCUUAAAGCCUGAAAGAUUAUCAAUUGAUUAUGAAAGAGCCAAUCCUGUACAAUGGUUAGCAGAAGAAUCAAGUGACACUUUAGGAGUAGAAGAGAUUGUCAUCGGAUGUUUGAGUUUGAAUCCAUCAUUGAUGUUUUAUAUCCCUGAAGGAUUGCCUUCAGCUAUUUUCGAUAUCAAUUCAUUACCCACCUCCAAUUCUUUCAAAAGUGAUGCCAAACCUACACCUCCAACAGCUGGAUCCAGAGCUUCUUCAAUUGGGUCUCCAUUACUAUUCAGUGUUGAAAGUCAAUUCACUCAAAACAAUCAUUUCAAUAGGAAACUUUCAAUUGUUCCAACUAAUUUGAUAAUUGAUAAUCGUCAUGAUCUCAGAACCAAUGAUUUAAGAGGCAGUGAAGUCUCUUUUAAAGAAAUCAACUUCAAUUCCAAAUCAGAUGAAGAUCUGGAGAGAAAGGGAAGUGACGUAGUUAAAGAUUUAUUCCAAACUCAUGAAAAAUUAUAUAAUUCCAAAUUGAAUGAAGAUUUUGAUGUUCCCAGUUUACUUAGUGAAAAAGGUUUGAGAACUCAACCCUCUAUGGCUUCAGUGGAUACCAGUAAAGAGACUGUUUUCAGUCAAGGAUCAAUAUUAUCCCCCACAUUGGAAACUAAGAAGAUUCAAGGAUCAGUGAUUGAUUUUUAUCAUCGUGAGUUAUUACUAUUGAAGAAUGAAGUUGAAUUCAGUAGUUAUAUGAAACAUUUGAAUAAGUUUCAAUAUAUUAAAUUGAAGUUGAAGAUGGACAAAUUAAUGAAAGACAAAAAUCAAGGGAAGUUCAAAUAUGAUCAAUUGAUUAUAGAUCAUGACCAACUCGUUAAAAGUUUCGAAGAUUUGAAGACACAAUUUGAUGAAGUGUCCAAGAGUUUAGAUUUCGAAAAACAACAAUUAAGCAGUAAGUUUUUGUUGGCUCAAAGUGAAAGAAAUGAACUAGAAGAAAAAGUCAGUGAACUCACCAAUCAUAAUAAACAAAUUGAUAGUCAACUCAAAAGUUUGGUCAGUGAAAUCAAAGGUAAGAACGAAGACACCGUAACUCUUAAGAAUGAUCAUAAGGUUCUUGAAAAUGAAUAUAAUCUUGUGUUAAAAGAGAUUGAACAUUUAAAGAUCAAUGAGAAUAAUCAAGUGCAACAACCAGCCAAAGAAGAUUUUAAAUUGAAUGAACAAGAACGUGAAAUCUUCGAUUUGAAGAAAGAAAAUUCCAUGAAACUUCAAAAGAUUUCUGAAUUGGAACAACUUCUUAAGGAAACAAAGUCAUCAUUAGAAUCCACAGUUAAAACCUAUGAAUCUAAAUUGAAUAGCAAUAAGAAUGAGAUAGCUUACCAAUUGAACACUUUCAGUAACCAGAAUGAUAAAAAGAUACAAGAAUUAUCAUCGACGUUAUUAAAAUAUGAAAAUCUUAUCGAAGAGAAGAAUUUGAAAAUAGCCCAAUUAUCAACAUCCAGACCAAUUUCCAUCCCCGGAUCGAGUUUUAGUAGUGAAAUCAGUAGACACCCAAUUAACCAAUCAAGUCAACAGAGAAAUCUGAAUGACAACCCCAUGGAUUUCUACGAAUUGAGUAACCGACAAAAUUCAAAUUCUUCAGGUGAAUCAUUAAAUAACCAUUUACCUUAUAACACCCCACCUUUACAACAACCAGGUAUGAUGAAGAGUUACCCAAUGAUCAAUGGUCUGUCCAGCCAAUUGACUCCUCCAAUCAUAAAAGGAAGAGGUGGUUACCAAAAACGGUCCAAAAGACACAUGUAA